CCCCUUUAUAUUGCAAGAAUUUAAAAAGCAAGAAACACACUCAAGACAAUCUAGCUAGCUACAACAAGUCGUUGAGCCUUUUGUAUUGAAUAGUCAUGCAGGUUUGAGAGAGAAGGCGGUAACUAACAGCUAACGUUAGCUUGUUGACUUCUUGUCUUUGGACUUACAGUAUCUUGUCAUUAAGAGACAUUCCCGAGGGAGAAUUAACCCUGGCUACUYAGUGGAACAGAKGUUGACCGGUGUCUGAAAAUGAUAAUUGAAAACCUAGAUUCCUUGAAAACGUGGCUUUUCAAAACCCUCGAACCCAUUUGUGAUGCGGAUCCUUCUGCCCUCGCUAAAUACGUCGUUGCCUUGGUGAAGAAAGACAAAAGUGAGACGGAACUCAAAGCRCUAUGUAUCGACCAGUUGGACGUGUUUCUACAGAAAGAGACGCAGACCUUUGUCGAUAGACUGUUUGAAGCUGUCAACUCCAAAAGCUACUACCUACCUCAGCAGCAGGACCAUCAGCCAGCCUCCGCGGCCAAAGCGGCGGUACACCUGACCAGGACGGACAAAGACGACCAGAGGAAGGAUGAGCCAAGUCGUGAGGAGGACUGGGGCAAGAAGUUCUCCAGGAGAGUGAACUACAGCCCCCCGUCCAGCUCCCGCUACAGCAGAGACAGCAGACGAGGGGAUGGCCGUAAAAGGGAGGACCGUACCAGGAAGCGAAACGAUUACGACCGCAUCCCCCCGAGACGGGACUCGUACCGGGACCGUUACAACCGGAGGAGGGGUCGUAGCGGUAGCUACAGCCGCAGUAGGAGCAGGAGCAAYGACCGGGCCAGGGACCGYGAGAGAGACKGKGACCGCAGUAGCAGGAGUCACAGCAGGAGCAAGGACCGGGCCAGGGACCGGGAGAGAGACAGAGACCGCGGUAGCAGGAGUCACAGCAGGAGCCACUCCAAGAGCAGAGAGCGGGAUGCUGGGAAGUCAAAGUAUGAGCCCGACCGAGGAGACCGGGGGACGGAGGUUGGAGCUGGCGAAGGCCUCCUGCCGAUCCCCACGGCAACCACCACGUUCCCCGUGCCGACCCUCAGCAGCACCAUCACGGUGAUCGCCCCUCAAGGUAACCACAGCAACACCUCGGUGACGGACAGCUGGUCGGACUUCCACCCGGAUCAGUCGCUGGACCGGCCCCUUCCGCCGCCGCCCUUCAACCGGGGUCCGCCCCCUCAGCAYAGGAAACGUUGCCGUGACUACGACGAGAAGGGCUUCUGUAUGCGUGGAGACAUCUGCCCGUUCGACCACGGCAUCGAUCCAGUGGUGGUGGAGGACGUUAAUCUACCAAACAUGUUCCAAGCCCCUCCCCCUAUCCCGGGGGUCGCCCAGCCCCCGCCCGGCCUACCGCCCCCCCCAGGACCUCCCCCUCUCAUGACGCCACCGCCCGUCAACCUCCGUCCCCCCGUGCCCAUGCCACCCAGCCUGCCACCCAGCCUGCCACCAGGUCCCUCUCUCCAGGCAUCAGGGAUGGACACUCCUCCUAACUCCAUCACCAGCUCUGUUCCCACUAUUGUAACCACAGGGACACGACCCUCCAUCCCCCAGCCCCCACCUCCUCUCUUCUCACCAG